AUGGAUUUGGUGUCCAGCUCCCCCGGAGGGGCCGGGUGGGGCCCAAGCACUGUGUUCUGCCUGCAGCUCAUCUGGAAGGAGGUGGCUAACACAGGCAUCCAGGAGCUCCUGGAGCCCUUGAACCUGGAACUCAAGCAGCCUUUGGAGAAGCACCUGCUCCAUCCCCCCUCCUCCCAGACCUUCCUCUUCCACAUUUACGGGCUGAUCCUCAAAGAGUGCGCCAGUGAGGAGCUGGUGAGAAGACGCGUGGCCGACCUUCUGGAGCUGUCCCACCAGUCAGCCAGCCAGCGGGAGGGCAUCGCAGCGACCAUCGGCAUCGUGUCUUCCUCGCACCUGCAGGCGGUGUGGACUGUGCUGGAGCACCUGGGCCGUACCAGGUUCCUGAGGACCGCCUUCAUGUCCCCAGACUGCCAGCGGCCGGACCCCGACGGGCCCUGGAGAUGGGUCGGCAGCACCGCCCUGCUCUGCUACGGCCAGAUGGCCCUGCACGCCGGGGAGCGGGUUCUGUCCUGGGUGGACGACAUCAUCUCCAGGAUGGUCUACUGCUUCUCCUGCAGCUGCUACGACAAUAUCCUGAAAACCAGCUUCCUCUCGGCGGCCGUCAUGCUUACGAAGGCUCUCAAGCAGGGGAACAGAAGCCAGAGCUACAAAUUCACUCAGAUCCCAGAGCUUAUCCGGUGCCUCCUGUGCGUCCUUCAGAAGGAGCCCAACUUCCUGGCCACCCUUCACAGGCAGAAGAUCAUCCUGGUCAUCGUGGGCCUGAGCAAGCUGCGGCCCAGUCUCCAACCCACGGUCAAGUCCCAGAUCCUGCAGACGUGCACGCAGAGCCUGUUCGCGCUCCCACCGCUCGAGAAACUGAAGAGCUGCUUCCCUCCGCUGGACCCGGCCCCGGACGUCAUGGUGCUUUACAAGAAGUCCAUGCAGGCACUGGACCUGCUUCUCCAGAACUUCAUCUCUGAGAACAAAAACAUGGACGAGAUGUGCUUCCUCCUGCAGCACACGGAGCCCUGGCUGCAGUCAGACAAGAGCCAUGAGCGUAAGCGGGUGGCACAGACCAUCUCCCUGCUGCUCAAGCACGCGGUGGACUACGGGACGCUCACCGUGAGGGGCCGCACCCAGCACCCAAGGUGGCGGGGGGCGGGGGGGCUGAGGGAAGGGAGGAGCAAGGAGAGCCCCCAGGGUGCUCCAGCUUCGGUGCUGGACCCACCUGGCCCUGGCUCCCGGUUCUCACAGUCAGUAUUCACCAAGCGUCUGGGCUGCUAGGCACGGUGCUGGGGGACAGGACGAAGGCCCUGUGGUGCCGCAGUCCUGGGGCAGAGGUCACAGUUCAAAUAGGGCGGUCGGGGAGAUCUUGAUGGCAAGGCUGCCUGGGAGCAAAGACUUGAAGGAAGCUGGGGAGGGAGACUGGGUGGUGGAGGGAGGGCGUUCCGGCUGAGGGCAGAAUGCAGGCCAACGCCUAGAUAGGCCUGGCCCACGCGAUGCCGGGCCCAGGAUGGAUGGACAGCGGAUAGCAGGGGCACGCGGGAGAACAUCUGGAUGCCAGGCUGGGCUUCAGUCUGCCCGGCCUCCCCAGGAAGAGGCCACACCCCCCAUGCUGGGCCACCACCUAGGGCUGCUGGCGCUGCUGUGGCGGGACAAGG